UGCGGUAGUACGCGGACAUCUCGCGAUAACUGCGACGCAAGCCGAGAUAUCGGAGCAUAAGGAAAAAAUGAGACCCGUACAGUAUUGACAGUAACAGUAACAGCGCGUUUGUCUCCGUAGAUCGCAGCACUGUGCAAAAGUAGCGAUUGUCCAGGACUUUAAUUUCAGACUCAGACGUUUCUCGUGCCCAGGUAUGCUGCUGAGUGCCCAUGCAGGGUAGUUUCCAGCAGCGAAAUCCCGCCUCCGUCGCCAUGACCACGCCCCCUGUGGCCGGGGCUUGCAUGACGGCCACGCCCUUCCCCGGGCAGCAGGCGCAGGCGGCACGGGAGGUCAACACGGCGUCGCUCUGCCGCAUUGGACAGGAGACUGUGCAGGACAUCGUCUUCAGGACCAUGGAGAUCUUCCAGCUGCUGAGGAACAUGCAGCUGCCAAACGGCGUGACGUACCAUCCCAACACACACCAGGACAGGCUGGCAAAGCUGCAGGAACACCUAAGGCAGCUCUCCGUCCUUUUCCGCAAGCUGCGGCUGGUGUACGACAAGUGCAACGAGAACUGUGCCGGCCUGGACCCCGUGCCUGUCGAGCAACUCAUCCCAUAUGUCGAGGAGGACUCCAAACACGACGAGCACUCAGCCCAGCAGAGCCGCUACGCCAGCGACGAGAGGAGGGAAGUGCUUGAAGUCAAUAAGAAGCUCAAACAGAAGAAUCAACAGCUGAAGCAAAUAAUGGACCAGCUCCGGAAUCUCAUCUGGGAGAUAAAUUCCAUGCUUGCUGUGAGAAAUUGAGCCACUGACACACACUCACACACACACACAUGCACACACACAGGUUUGUAAUUAUGUCUUUAUGGGGACUCUCCGUUCAUAUCUAUGGGGAAAACUCUAAUCCCAACAUGACGACCUUGACCCCUACCCAGUCUUAACCUUAACCAUAAGUAACCAAACAAAAUAUGAGACUUUUGGCAUUUUUAAGUUUUUGAUUGCAUUUACGGAUUUAUGUGGGAACCUGAUAAAUGAUCCCCACAGCGUCAAAAUAACAGACUUUUAUCACAUUGUGGGGGACAUUGGUCCCCACAAUGUAAUAUAAACAUAAUCCCAUACACACACACACACACACACACAGCCAAGGGCAGGGAGAUGGCAGCUGCACUCCGGCUGAGUGUCUCUCUCUGACCCCAAAGCAGCACUUUAGAGCAGAGUACCUUCACAGUUCACACAGCACAGUCACCUCCAAGGGACACCGUUGCUACAUUGUUAUUUCGUACAUGGCAAAAAAUACGCAGAAGACUCACGUCGAGAGCCAGACCGAUUCCCCAAGCCCUGUUAUCCGUAACGGAGUGUCCUGGUGGAGUUCAUUACACUCAUGGCAUCUAAGGUGUUAGCCCCUAUCAAGAUGUCUGCGAAAGCGCAAGUCAGCAGCGGACGUCUCUGCUGUCCCAGUGGAUCGAAUUUCCCACAAAAUGUAUGUUUGUGAAGGUAGUUUACUGCCUUACUUGUGUUUAAAUGAUCAAGAAACCUCCCUAAGGGUAGAGAAACAGAGUCGCCUUUCUGCUUAAUGAUACCAGAUGCUUGACUCUCAUUUGACUUAGUCUGGGCGCUGGCACGCUGUUCUAUAAGUAGGCAGUACUACACCGCGAUAUAUUUUACACGGGGUUUAAAAUAUACCCUGAGAAGCAAGGCUUUCCAGAAAAGUCAUUUUCCUGUAAUUUCUAGAAUUUCAUUUUCUAGGAUUACAUUUUAAUGGAACUUCUAAAUUCAGAUCUUAAGUGCUUCUUGCUUUUUUUUUUGUGAAAGAGUUUUUAAUUAAUAUUUAUGUUGUAUAAUGUAAUGGAUGACUAGAUAAAUAGGAAAGGUAUAUUGGAGAGUGCUUGUAGUUGUGUUCUUGUUUUAGCCUCUCAGUUCAAAGUGCCAUUGUCCUAAAAUUUUGAAAUGAGGGGUCAAUCUUCUGAUUUUGAUGAGGUCAGCAUUUAUAUGCACAAACCAUUUUCUGACACCAUAUAACUAAAUGAAGGAAAGUGUUAUGUCUCAUUCGUUGUGGUUUUAAAAUAUACAUUUGUUAUGUACAGCACUGUAAAGCAGGGCUGAGUUCAGUAGCAUUAUUGUGUAUUUUUUAAUUCCUGCUGCUUGUUGGUGUCGUUCCAGCCUGCUUUCAUUUUCAUGGUCUGCUCUUGCAGACGUGCAGAUGAAAUUAAAUCUAUUUGUGUGCUUUUUUGAGUGUACUCAGACCAUAAAAGCCUUUCAAUUAAAAAAAAAAACUGCUUAUCUGAAA